AUGGUCCAGGGGCAGCGUCCGUACCAGGUGAUCACAGCCCGCGUCCACCCAGGAGAAAGCAACGCCAGUUGGGUGAUGAAGGGGGCCUUGGAGUUCCUGGUCAGCAGUGACCCCGGGGCCAGGCUCCUGAGGGAAAACUUCAUCUUCAAGAUCAUCCCCAUGCUCAACCCCGAUGGGGUCGUCAAUGGCAAUCACAGAUGCUCCCUGCGGGGGGAGGACUUGAACCGGCAGUGGCUGGCGCCCAGCGCCCAGCUCCAGCCAACCAUCUACCACGCCAAGGGCCUGCUCUACUACCUGCACAGCACCGGCCGCAGCCCCGUGGUCUUCUGUGACUUCCACGGCCACUCCCAGAAGAAGAACGUGUUUGUCUACGGCUGCAGCAUCAAGGAGACCCUGUGGCAGGCGGAGUCUGCCGUGGGCGCACCCCCUGUCUUGGAAGAUGUCAGCUACAGGACUCUUCCCAGAAUCCUGGACCAGCUCGCCCCCGCCUUCACCAUGAGCAGCUGCAGUUUCCUAGUGGAGAAAUCUCGUGCCUCCACCGCCCGGGUCGUGGUGUGGAGAGAGAUGGGGGUGGUCAGGAGCUACACCAUGGAGAGUAGCUACUGUGGCUGCAACCAGGGCCCCUACCAGGGUCUGCAGUUUGGGACCCGGGAGCUGGAGGAGAUGGGAGCCAUGUUCUGCUUGGGCCUCCUCAUGUUGGAACUCAAGUCCGCCAGCUGCAGCCGGCAGCUCCUGACCCGCGCUGCGUCCCUGCUGAACGCUCAGGACGGGGCCCUGGACCAGCAGCUGCGCAGCACUGCGAAGGGUCUGCCGGGAUUCUGCGCCGGUUCUUCGGGAGGUGGGCGCCUGGUGUCUAGUGAGACAAGCCUUUUAUGCAGCGGCGGCGGCGGCGGCGGCACCGUGGAAGUGGAUGACGAGCCCCCGUGCUUGGAGGAGAUCGACUACGGCCCCGACAGCAGCUCCGACCAGGAGGGGAGCUGCUCUGAGCUGGACCAGCAGAUCCGGGAAACACGGUGGGUUUUUAUGCGCUACGUGCUGCAGGAUGGAGAUCUUCAUUUCCGCUCCGAAGGCCUCCUGAGGAUGACCUCCCGCCCGUUGCCGCAGUAA